GAAUGGGUACGAAUUACUUCGUAACUGCACAAAAAACCACCGCCGUUACCAGCGCGUCGGUGGGCAACUUUACAGAUCCCGAUGACCUAAACCUGAUCUUGGUGCGUAAUUCGCGUUUCGAGAUCUUUUGCGUUUCGCCCGAAGGCCUCAAACCGUUCAAAGAGGUGAACAUCAACGGUCGCAUAUCGGUGAUGAAGCUUUUCAGACCAAAAGGCGAAACGAAAGACCUGAUGUUCAUUCUGACCGCCAAGUAUAACGCGGCGAUUCUGGAGUACAAAAACGACGAGAUUAUUACCAGAGCCCAUGGAAACGUGUCUGACAGAAUAGGAAGGGCUUCAGAAACGGGUUUCAUCGUCAUCAUUGACCCUACUUGUCGAGUAAUCGGUCUCCGCCUUUACGAUGGCCUGUUCAAGGUGAUACAGUGGCAAAGUGAAAGUCGGGAGUUGAAGGCAUUUAAUAUCCGAUUCGAAGAAUUGAACGUCAUAGACAUUGAUUUCCUUCAUGGAUAUUCACAACCUACCGUGGCGUUCAUUCACCAGGAUCAGCAGGGUCGUCACGUGGUUACUUACGAAGUGAAUUUGCGCGAUAAAGAAUUCAUAAAGGGUCCAUGGAAGCAGGACGGCGUCGAAUCAGAGGCAAGCAUGCUGAUUGCUGUUCCCAGUCCGAUCGGCGGCGUGCUGGUAAUCGGCCAGGAGUCGAUCACGUACAUUCGUCGCGAGAGUCAGUAUUUUGUCGUAGCGCCAGGGAUCAUUAAGCAAAGCAUGAUCAACUGUUUUGGACGGGUCGACAAGGACGGCAGUCGCUACAUCCUGGGCGACAUGGCCGGUCGCCUGUUCAUGCUGGUGCUGGACCUGGAGGAGCAAAUGGAUGGAGGUGUAAACGUUCGUGAUCUGAAGGUAGAGUACCUUGGCGAGAUCACGAUUCCCGAAUGCUUGACGUACUUGGACAACGGCGUGCUGUUCAUCGGUAGUCGUCUUGGUGAUUCACAGCUGGUUCGCCUUAAUCAGGAAGCGGACGAACGUGGAUCGUACAUUUCCGUUUUGGACACUUAUACAAACCUCGGACCGAUCGUCGACAUGGUCGUUGUCGAUUUGGAACGUCAAGGCCAAGGGCAACUGAUUACCUGUUCUGGCUUUGCUAAGGAAGGAAGCCUGCGUAUAAUCAGAAACGGUAUCGGUAUCCACGAGCUGGCCACUAUGGAUUUGCCUGGUAUUAAGGGUUUAUGGGCUCUCGCGUAUAAAACUAGCGAUCAGUUCAAUAACCUUAUGGUCGUCUCGCUUGUCACUCGAACGACAGCGUUGCUGAUUGACGGUGAAGAGGUCGAGGCUGUCGAACUGCCGGGGAUGCAGCACGACAAGCGAACUCUGUUUGCUGCAAGUUUUGGUCGUACAAGUUCCAUAAUUCAAGUCACAACCGCAGGCGUAAGACUCAUUUCUACGUCUGGCGCUGAUGAGGGAUUGCUGAGUGAGUGGCACCCCAGCGACGGACGGAACGUGAACGUUGUUUGCUGCAAUGCGGUUACCGGCCAGUUGGUGGCCGCCAGUGGACGGGAUCUGUAUUACUUGACUAUCAGUGACAAGAAAGUGACACAGGUAAAUACGACGAAAUUGGACAACGAGGUGGCGUGUUUGGACAUGUCACCGAUCGGUGUGUACAACAAGUCUGAAGUAUUUGCUGUCGGUCUGUGGAUGGAAAUCUCUGUCUUGCUCAUUCAUGUUCCCUCUAUGAACGUGGUGACGAAAGAAUCGUUGGGCGGCGAUAUCAUUCCGCGGUCGCUGAUGUUGUACAAGUUUGAGGCGUUGAUCUACCUCCUGGUGGCACUGGGUGACGGGACACUUUUAUACUACCACGUCGACGAAAAGACAGGACAGCUGCUGGAUAGGAAGAAGGUCACUCUUGGCACCCAGCCGAUCGCCCUACGAACCUUUGAAUCCAGGUCGAUCAAGAAUGUGUUCGCUUGCUCUGAUCGCCCGACCGUCAUCUACUGCAACAACCAGAAACUGCUGUUCAGUAACGUAAACCUACGCAUCGUCACGCACAUGUGUCCGUUGAACGCCAAGGCGUAUCCGGACAGCUUGGCAAUGACCGACGGUCGGACGCUGAUGAUCGGCACCGUGGACGACAUCCAGAAACUGCACAUCAGAACGGUGCCUUUGGGCGAAACUCCGCGACGAAUCGCCUAUCAGGAAGAGACGCAGACGUUUGGUGUUCUGACCAUCCGACACGAAUUCAUCGACGCUUCCCUUGUCUCACGUCCGUCAGCCAGUGUGCUGGCGCAGUCGGUGUCCCGCGGCAGUCCCCUGCUCAAGUCCAGUGCCGCCUCGACGGACAUCGCCGGCGUCGUCAAGACUCCGGCAAACAACUCGGACGCUGAUGAACAGGAGAUACACAAUUUUCUGAUCCUCGACCAGAACACGUUCGAAGUGAUUCACGCUCAUCAGUUCACGGCCAACGAGCAAGGCUGCAGCGUCAUAUCGUGCAAGUUCGCCGACGAUCCGGCAGUUUAUUACGUGGUCGGUACGGCGGUCGUCUAUCCGGACGACUCGGACGCGAAGACUGGCCGUUUGCUGGUUUUCCAGUAUUGCCCGACCGGCGGCAGCAGCGAUGGAAACACAGGCGGCGGCGAUCACAGUUCUGUUCGUCUGUUUGAAUGGACCACCGGCCCUUCAGAAAAAGAGCUGCAUCUUGAGUGCUCGUACUUUUGUUUUAUCAAUGCUCUCUACCUGAAGACCAAGGGCGACUUUAUUUUGGCUGGCGACCUGCAACGGUCGAUUACGGUUUUGACGUACAAGUCGGUUGAAUCGACACUGGAACAGAUCGCGCAGGACUACCAGCCGAACUGGAUGACCGCGGUCGAGGUGAUCGACGACGAUACGUUCCUCGGCGCUGAAAACUCCUUCAACCUAUUCACUUCUCAGAAGGACAGCACGGCAACGACGGACGAAGACCGGCAGCGACUGCAGACUGUUGGGAUGUUUCACCUCGGUGAAAUGGUGAACGUAUUCCGGCAUGGUUCGCUGGUGAUGCAGCACCCUGGUGAGGCAUGCGCGCCAGUUUCCUCACCGAUACUGUUCGGCACCGUGCAGGGUGCCAUCGGCCUCAUAUGUCAAGUGCCGGAACACUUCUUCAAGUUCUUGCACGAACUCGAGAUACGGCUCAGCAAAACGAUCAAGAGCGUCGGCAAGAUCGAGCAUGCCUCUUGGCGCAGGUUCAGCGCUGAGCGUCGCAGCGAGCCGCCGUUCGGCUUCAUCGACGGCGAUCUGAUCGAAUGCCUGUUGGAUCUGCCGCGCAACAAGAUCGCCGAAUGCGUCGCUGGCUUGGAGGUCGAAGAUCAGACAGGCACAAAGACGUUGGCUACGCCCGAAGAUGUUAUCAAAAUCGUCGAGGAGCUGAGUCGGAUUCAUUAGCC